AUGACAGGAAAAGAAACAAUCGCCCUCAUUCAUGGCGCUUUCACAACCUCCAACGACUGGAAGCAGAUAGCCUCGGAUCUUGCACAGUCAUUCCACGUCCUAACCCCCGACCUACCAGGCCAUGGAGAUGCCACAGAAUCAAUUUUCACCGUGGACAAUGCAGCCGAUUCAAUCCAUAAGCUUAUACGAGAAUCCGCAACAGGCGGCAAGGCACAUGUCGUCGGCCAUAGCCUGGGUGCCCAAGUCGCGAUCCGACUAGCAGAAAAAUACCCAAACGUCAUCAGAACCCAAAUAGUAUCAGGUUUCGAAAUCUACCCUUCCUUGCCAUCAACCCCUUGGCUAUCUCGCACACUCUGGACAAUGAAUCGCGUGGAGAACCUAGUUCCUCGCCCGGCAAUUAGGUGGCUGAUGGAUGGUGCGCGUAUCGGCCGAUCCUAUCCAACAAUGAAGGCCUGCAGAGAGAUCGCAGAGGCAAUGAAUACGGCCAUGUUACCUGAGCCCUGGCCUGCACCCACACUCAUUGUGGCUGCUGGUCGUGGAGGAGUGAUCCCUUCGUAUGACCACCCCGACGAUGCACGGAAAUUGGCUGCUAUUGGCCGUGAGCUUAAUGAUAGGACGAUUGCUGUUGUGCAUCCUCGAAUGAGACAUCCCUGGCAUCAGCAGGAUCCUGCUCUUUUUGUUUCUAUGAUCAGGGCUUGGAUUGGAGGGUUUGAAGUACCUGCGGGAUUUGAGAGUUUAUAG